AUGUCACUCCUAACGAAAACAGAGGCCUCCCAGUUCGACUCUUUCCUCGAAACGAUGGACUACGAUGCCUACAUGGGCAAGGAAUGGCAGAUGUACUCCCAAAACCACGAACCGGACCAAUUUCACGACAAGAGCCAACUCACCAAAGCUACCAAAGACCUAAUGGCACUCGACUAUCCUCAGUACCAACAGCCACAGUACUAUUACCAGCAGCAGCAGCAGCAACCACAACAACAACACUACGACUAUCCACAACAACCCGCCUAUCCUAGACCUCCAUCUUUUCCAUUCCUUCAUCAGCAACGACCUAGUCCCCCUUCUCCACAUCCGCUCAGUAUUGGCGGGCCUCAUAGCCAUGGGCAGUAUCCUACACCCACAAACUCUACGCCUUCAACUGCCUCGACAUCGUCUUCCGGCUACUCAUUUCCUCCGUCUCCGGUUCAAUCACGGCGGCCGUCGCCAAAGACAGCGCAACCACCAACAGCCAGUACUAGUAAAAGGCCACGUGCUGCGCCACCACCAGCAAAGCCUGCGUUGCUUUCUGCCUCACAGAAAAAGGCCAAUCACAUUCAAUCCGAGCAGAAACGACGGGCCAACAUCCGUCGCGGCUAUGAAGCUUUGUGUGAAGCCGUUCCAGCGUUGCGAGAUGCUAUUCGGGAGGAGGAGGCUGCUCAGGCUGCCCGGAAUACGCAAAUGAAUGAGGGGAAGGGGAAACGUUCAAGAGGCCGUGCGAAAUCAGGCGACGAAACUAGUCAAGACAAGACGGAUGGAAGGGCUGGCCCAAGAAGUGAAAACGUGGUUUUGUCGAAAACCAUUGACUAUCUGAAUGAAUUGAUAGCUGACCGAGAAUCUUUACGAACACGCAUGGACCGUGCGCGUGCUGCACUCCCACUGGGACAUCCUGCUCUGACACCUGAAACGCCAGAUCCGCUCUGGGAGCGAGAAUGGAAAGGUGGUCUCGGUGAUGAGGAGGAUGACGACGAAGAAGACGACUCUCCCCCUUGA